AUAAAAGUAUAUAUGUAAGUGUAUUUCUGUGCGUCGCAGCUCUGAGUGUGUGCGUGAGCGUGCGUAAAGACCGACAGGCUCGAGCGCUUCAUUUCGAUUCACCGGGGACUCCUGCGCGCAACAAGAGCCCCCCAUGGGUGCAAUAGUGCAAGCACAGACGGCGGUGAUUGGCCAGAGGUUGAUCAGAUGGUACACUUCCCCUCUGUAUUCAGUGGCACCUCACAACCCCCCCUUUCAGCAAAAACCAAAUCUCCGAUAAAGUAAUGGCAAAAGCACUUGGACUAUAAAAGACAACAAAUCAUAUUCCUCCGGAGUAUAUACACCCCGUUGUCCACCCAAUGAGUUCCUAUUUUGUUAACUCAACUUUUCCCGUGUCUCUGCCGGGAGGACAGGACUCUCUCCUGGGUCAGAUACCGCUAUAUUCCUCGGGAUACACCGAUCCGUUAAGACACUACUCCAACGCGGCCACAUAUGGAGCAGCCGCCAACAUGCAGGAGAAGGUUUACCCGGCGUCCUACUACCAGCAGACGGGCGCAGCGGCCGCGGCUAUCUACGGCCGGGCCGGCGGCGGUGCGCCCUGCGACUACAACCCGGUCGGGACUUUCUACAAGGACGCGGAGGGUUCGUGCGCUUUCUCGAGUCGCGACGACCAGCCGCUGUUUGUCACUCAAGAGCACCAGCAGCGCAAAGCGGAGUGCCCGGAGCAAAGUGUCAGCAUGAGCAGCAGCAUCGACGACAAGUCCUCCACUCUGAUCUACCCAUGGAUGCAGAGGAUGAACGCCUGCUCCGCCGGCCCAUUUGGCAGCAGUGGCCGCAGGGGCCGACAGACCUACACCCGCUACCAGACUCUGGAGCUGGAGAAGGAGUUCCACUUUAACCGCUACCUGACCAGGAGGCGCCGGAUAGAGAUCUCCCACGCCCUGUGCCUGACGGAGAGACAGAUCAAAAUCUGGUUUCAGAACCGCAGGAUGAAGUGGAAAAAGGAGAACAAACUCCUGAAUCCCUCAAAGACACCCGAGGAGGAGGAGCAGGCGGAGAAGAAGAGCUAAAAGAAAACUCAAGAAAAAAAAAUCAACAAAUAAAAAAAAGGACACUGAAACAAAGGCAUGUGUGUGUUUGUGUGCACACCCUCCAAAAUAAAACGAUGUAUUAUUUCUUUGUAGAUAUAAAGUGCUGCAAAACACAGGUUAGAGACUGUGUAGAGUGACUUUAUUUCAGUAUCUGCACGGUAACAAAUGUCCGCAUUAGGUUAAAAUCAGGUCCUCCUCUGUUUGUCCUUGUGCUCGUGUCUUAAUUUAGAGGACUAUGCAAAAACAAAAACAAAAAAUAAAUCCGCCAAAAUGUAAAUAACUUUUAGUGUUUUUGGUUUUCGACAAUGUUGUUACCUCAUUCUGUUUUUUAAAAAUUAUUAUUAUAAUUUUAUUUGAUCCUCGUGACAUUAAAAGAGGCUUUUUAUUGUCCUUUCACUGUACAUCUCGUGGUGUAGUUGCUCUGUAAUAGUCUAUAGGCUUGUUGUUUACAGCUGUGCCAUCAUUUGUACAGAUCAGAAAUGUUACAUGUUAUUUAUUGUCGUUCACCUGUGUUCUAUGCACAUCUGGAUAUUGUGUGCAAUAUUUUGUUUAGGAAAUUGUACAUAGAAAUAAAGGCUUUUUGAUGUAUA